GCCAUCUGGCAGAGCAGUCAGGGCGAUGCGUCAGGGGAAGCCUCAGUGCUGCACGGUAAGCUGACGGCGGGCGAGGAUCGCAUGUGGUUCUUUCUGUCUGAGCACUCAGGCAAUCGGAUUCCGGUUCGAGGCUGGCCAAAGGCAUCAGAAUAUGACAAAGUGGACGUCAUAUCUCCAACGCAAACAUGGGUGUUCUUCGAGAUGUCGGCUGCCGGACGCGUGCGACAAGGAAGAGAGCUCAUGCAGCCUGGGCGAUGCUUGGUUCUUUCCUCGGGCCCCGAUGCUGCCCAAAUUUUGACAUCAAGACUGCGGUUGUCGGGAAAUAGAUCCCGAGAGAGAUGAACAGGCAGAAAAUUGAAAACACAUUAUUACCUUGACCAGCCUUGGUAGGAAGACGAGUGAAGGAAGCUACCUCCUGUCCAGAGCCAGAUGACUCAGCAAGGACGGUAGCCAGUCAGACUGCCUUAUCGGGCUCUUAUCGCGCCUCCCGCAGAACAUGGCGGCUCAAGAAUUUCACUUAGACGAAAGACCCAGACAGCGUAGCAUCUGUCGGCCUCGCGCUUGGCCUGUGAUCGUGAUGGCUUCUUCAGAAGAUGAUCCAUCACAAUGGACACGCAUCGUCCGCAAGGGAAAGGGCAAGAAGCUAGGCAGGAAGGAAGAGAUCCUCUCAUUGCCCGUGGGCGGCCCACCUGAAAACUUCCACCCAAACAGGUCGCCCAAGCUCACCGUCCAUGACAUCAAGGCCGACCACCACAAGAUUGCUUCCAGGUGGCGCACAACAGAGGGCUAUGAGCAACUAUGUAGCACCAUCAACGACCAUUCCGUGUCUCAUCAGAAUGUCACCCGUGCCGUGUGUCUGGGCAUCGGCGCCUUCGACCCCGAAGACGGCUCCUGGUCCUCCCAGCGCCGUUCUCACACCCAGCUGGCGGCUUUCCUGGCCAUCGUAGAUGCUCUCAGGUCGGAAAGUGGCCAAGACAUCGAGACAAUCUACCAAGAGCCACGCUUCGCCCAACCGGACAAGGAAUUCUUAACAAGCCUAGGUGGGAAAACAGUAGACUCCCCCGGUGCCUACGAGCUGAUCAACGACACCACUCUUGUUUUUGGCGUGCACCUGUACCGCGACAUCUGGGCAGACGCACUCAAAAAUGGCUUGCCCGCGAUGUGCGUGGGUACCGGCUGGGAUGUCUGGGAGGAGAAUCCUGGAGCCGAUAAAAGCCCGGACUUUGACCGCGUCAGAGAGAUGGAUGCCGCUUUUGACAAGUUCCCAUUCCCGCAGGACGACUACAGCUCCUUUUCGAGCACAUGCAUCUACUGGAAGAAACGGGACGAGAAAGACGGCAACCUUGACCAAGAUGUCCUAGAAGAUAUGGAACGGUUGCGCGUCAAUUGAGCGAUGGCCUGCCAGAUCAGCGGUCCAGACGAUCUUGUCCCGCGAAGGACUAGGGAUACAAACCAGUGAGAGAUGUGACACGAGUUCCGGCGCACUUCCGAGGGCGACGUGCUCGUCUGAGGUGAAAACCGCGAGACAUGGUCUCAAUAAGUCCAGGCACCACAGGAUUUCUUCCGAGGGUAUGAUAGAGCUGUCUUAUCGCUGCUGAACCCUGGAUCCAAGCGACGUGCAACGCUUUGUGCCAAGGUAGUCUCAGGCGGCACUCUGCGUACCUCCUGUUAUUUCGCACCUUGCAUAUCGCCAUCUUUGACGGCCAUCUUCACUUGGAACUACAUUACAAGCGUCGUGCGGGGCUGGUCACCCAGGGAUGGACGUCACCAACCUGGGGAUCGUUGACUGUGACAACUCACACAUACAUCUCUGGAUACUUUUCUUGGUACCGUGAAAUGGAUGCGUUCGCCGGUUGAGACUUACGAGACAUGGAUAGACCUUAAGUGUGAGAGAUGAGCACCUGAGCAGUCAAGGAACAGAGAAUAGCGUCCUUCGGUGCUGGAAUGUGAUUCAUAGUCUCCAGGUUGACAAUCUACCUACUUCCAUGCCG